UUCUGUUUUUGACGCAAGCGCGAGGCGUGAGGAAGGAGCUACCCUAGCACGCGCGGCCUCGCCUGUGGCGUGGGAGUUGCUUCCGGGUUGCGCGCCCGGAAGUAGGAGGUUGGCGGCUUACCCUCCUCGCCCCGAGGCUGAAGUCCCCGAGGCGGGAGGAGCCCGAGGGGGCGCGGGCCCCGCUUGUUAAGAGUCAAGCUCACUCUUUGGAACUUCCCUCUGUGGCAAAGCUCAUUCCUGCUAGAGUUGGAUCUUCUUUCUUUCUGGAGGGAUUUUGUACUGGAAGACAUGGAUCUUGCUGCCAAUGAGCUCAGCAUUUAUGACAAACUUUCAGAGACUGUUGAUUUGGUGAGACAGACAGGCCAUCAAUGUGGCAUGUCAGAGAAGGCAAUUGAAAAAUUUAUCAGACAGCUGCUGGAAAAGAAUGAACCUCAGAGGGGACCACCCCAGUAUCCUCUCCUUAUAGCCGUGUAUAAGGUCCUUGUAACCCUGGGAUUAAUCUUGCUCACUGCCUACUUUGUGAUUCAACCUUUCAGCCCAUUACCACCUGAACCGGUGCUUUCUGGAGCUCACACCUGGCGCUCACUCAUCCAUCACAUUCGGCUGAUGUCCUUGCCCAUUACCAAGAAGUAUAUGCCAGAAAAUAAGGGAGUUCCUCUGCAUGGGGGUGAUGAAGACAGACCCUUUCCAGACUUUGACUCUUGGUGGGCAAACAGUUGUGAGCAGAAUGAGUCGGACCCCAUCCCUGCCAACUGCAGUGGCUGUGCUCAGAAAUUACCCCUCAAGGUGAUGCUCCUGGAAGACACCCCGAAGAAAUUUGAGAGACUCCAUCCUCUGGUGAUCAAGACGGGCCAGCUCUUGCUGCCAGAGGAGCUUCAGCAUUUUUUGUGCCAGUACCCCGAGGUGGCGGAGGGCUUCCCCGAAGGGCUUUUCACCAAGUGGUGGCACUGCCUUCCUGAGCGGUGGCUCCCAUUUCCUUAUCCAUGGAGAAGACCUCUAAACAGAUCACACAUUUUACGUGAGCUUUUUCCUGUUUUCACCUACCUGCCAUUUCCAAAAGAUGCCUCCAUAAAAAAGUGCUUCCUUCUUCAACCGGAACCUAUUGUGGGUAGUAAGAUGCAUAGAAUGCAUGACCUAUUUAUCAUUGGCAGCGGCGAGGCCAUGUUGCAGCUCAUCCCUCCCUCCCAGUGCCGAAGACACUGCCAGUCCGUGGCGAUGCCGCUAGAGCCAGGGGAUAUUGGCUAUGCCGGUGCCACCCACUGGAAGGUCUACGUUACAGCCAGAGGGGUCCAGCCUUUGGUCAUCUGUGAUGGAACCACCCUCUCAGAACUAUAGGAAACAAGAACUAUACAGAGGAACAACUUUGAGGUCCGAAGACCAGAUCAAAAGGGGAGAAAUAAAAACAGAAACGAGGAAACCACUUUCUAAGGUUACUUAGUUAUCUGCCCUAUGCAUGCGUGUAUGAGCCAGCUGUAUGCUGGAGGCAAUGGCCAGAGCCUGACCCUCCCGACUCUUCCAGCCUCCCUGCUUGGCUGGGAUUUUGCCGGUACCUGUUUGUGAGAGACUGGGCUCUUCCACACCCUCUGGAACCGCAGCCUUGAGGCUGCCCCUCAGGCAGGAAACAGGGCUGAUGCCUUCCCUUACUUGCGUGGUGUGAUCCCCUCUGCUGGCUCCCUGGCCACAGAGAGGGUAGCCAGCCGGUCCCGACUUCAGGGCCAUCCCUUACGAGGUGGUGGGCCUGCUUGUCCUGUCUUCCUGGCCACACCACCCGAUACUUUUAUGGAAAGCCAUGGUCAAUUAAAGAAGCUGUUGCAGUUUCCCCGAGCAGAAUGGAAUCUAGAACCAAGAUUAAGUAAUGUCAUUGCACUCAAGAGAUGCACUGCCUUCCCAGUGUCCAUGGCCCUUGGAGUCUCAGUGACGUCAGGUUGGAGUCUGAUUAUAAUUGAAAUGGUAAUUGCCGAGGUAAUACUUUCCUCCAUCUCAUCAGGUUUUCAUGCCGGCCCCCCCUACCCCCACCCCCCACCCCCAGCUCCUUUCCCUUCCCUUCCCGCUCGCCUAUCUGGAUGGUUUCUCAGAAGCUGGACUCCUGGUCCUCCCUCGGCAGAGCCCUUUAUUGCUGAGGCAGCACCGCUUCUGUCAGCUGGGUCGCUUUUACCAAGUGUCUUCAGAGGGGAUGAGUUAGAGCGCUGGCCUGGGGAGAGGGCACCUCCCCGGGUUUGAUCUUUAGGGUCCAACUUUCCACAGGGAAGAUGUUUUACAGAUGUGUCAAGCUGAUGUUGUAAUGUGGUUGGGGAAGGAGCUCCAGACCCCACGUGCUUGCCAGCUGGGUGUGCGACUGUGGGAUCCUCUGUCUCAAAAUGAUUUCUCUCUUUGUACUUGGGAAACAAGGUGAGGUAUUUUUAUUAUUUGUAACAGUAUAAAGCUAUGUUCUUUCA